GGGGUGGCGAUUAAUUCAUUGUUCGUUGACGGGUUCGGUCGGUUCGGGGUUGCCUUGCGGGAUUAAAGUGUGGGAAAGAAAGUGAUUACUGGGAACAAUGUUGGGCGUCAAAGUGUCGUGUCUUCUUUUGCUAGCGAUGAUCGCUGGCACAACGGUGGCCGAUGUGUCGAACGCUAUCGAUGUCGACGCGAUCCGAGAACGUCUGCCAGCGAAUCUGCCGCUUCCCUCGAUGGAGGAGGUCGAGCGGAUGCUGCGCGACAAGUGCAACACUGCCGGAGCACCGACCGAUGCGUACGACAAUGCGAAGGAUGCGGCCAAGACGUUCUUCGAGUGUGGCCAGAGCCUGAUCGACAUUGGCCAGUUCCAGCAGGAGGUGGAGGCAGCCAAACCGACCGGUGAUUUGGACACCGUCUUCAACAAGUACUGCCGCAAGCGGUCCACACUGAUCGAGUGCGUAAACACGUUCGCGAACGCGGUCGAUCCGUGCCUGGAGGCGGAGGAGAAGGUGUUCAAAACGUCCGGGCUGGACAUCUUCAAGAAUUUGCUCAACUUUGUGUGCCACAAGGACGGCGAUCAGAUUGCACUGUUUAUCGCCGAAAAGGGACCGGAAUGUUUCCAGGAGCAGAAGAACGAUCUGAUUGCUUGCGUGAAUGAAACGUUCAGUGGAUACGUACCGGAGACAAGCCUUACAACCAUCCCCAGGCUGGUGAUCGGACCGAAGCAGUGCGAGGACUUUACCAAGCUGCAAAACUGCAUGGUUCGAGAGCUGGAGCAGUGCGACGAAUCGACGCCGGCCAAUCUGGUGGAAUCGUUGUUCCGAUACGUCCGGAAGGGAUCGCCAUGUGCGAACAAUGCGGGCCGCUAAAGAAGGCGCAUCAGUUUCGUUACGCUGAUAACACAACAACCCACGAAGCAAUUGCAUCAUCGAUAAGAUCUAGAGAAAGUAAGACCAAUUAUACCGUUUUUUGCUGCUGUUUUGCUAAAUAAAUUGUUGCACUUUGAAGAAA